AAAGCCAUCAAAAUAAAUCACCCAUUCACAGAGCUGCAAAGAAACAAAAGCAGGAGACAAAUUCCUACAGAAUGUAAAAUUUCAACACAGUGUAUGGUGAAUAUUGCAGUCUAAAAUGUUACUGGAAAGAACUGAAACUAUCAGAAAUCAUCCAGCCAACUUCUGCAUUUCACAAAGGAAAAAUGAUCACAAGUACAUAAGGCUUAAGGCUGUUAGCUGAAAAGUAGAGGGAGUGGCAUAGCACAUGAGGCUGGGAAAACUGUAGACGAGUGUUGUGAUGCUUCUCUGCCCCGCCCCUUAUUGUAAAGUCUGAGCCUCAGUGUGUGUUUGUCUGUGUGUGUGUGUGUGUGUGUGUGUGUGAGAGAGAGAGAGAGAGAGAGAGAUACACAGCUAGAGAGUGAAUUUUUUAAGUGAGAGAAGCAGACUUAAAUUCAUCUCUCAGACAUGAUUACGCUCUGAAUUUACUUCUGGGUGGAAUUUUACUUUCCUCUUCAUUAAAAAUGGAGACUGUCCUCGCCAAAGCGCUCUAUGACAACACAGCUGAAAGCCCAGAUGAGCUGGCCUUCCACAAGGGUGAUGUUGUUGUCGUGAUAGAGCAAACUGUUGAGGGCAGUGUGGGCUGGUGGAAAUGCUCUCUGCAUGGCCAGGAAGGCCUGGCGCCGGCCAAUCGGCUGCAGCUCCUCUCACCAUCCAAGAGUAUUUAUCAAACCCCACGGCCAUCAGAAGCAAACCCGACUUACGAGGUCAUGGAGAGGGUCUACAAUGUGCCGUCCACACACAUUGUGCACAGUCCUGGCCUUUUCCCAAGGAAACCUGAAACACUGGAGAGAAACCGGUCUCUAAACAAGAUGGUACGUGAUUGCUCCAGUCCCAAUGCAGAUGUGUAUGCUGUUCCUAGUCUUGGGAGAAAAGGCUCUUCGUGCACAACUUAUGCUGUACCACCCACACCGUCCAAAGAUCCCAAUUAUGAUAUUCCCGUUCCUUCCAAAAAUAAGCCACACCUAAAUUUGGUUUCCGGCUACAGCACUUUUCCUAUACCACAGAAGUUUGAGCAGAUAUAUGAUGUGCCUUUAGCACCUGAAAUGCCCAUCAAUGUACGUGGUUUCUGUGGCACAAUGCCGUCCAAAGGUGCACAUUCUGGAAAAGAGCUCUAUGAUACUCCAACAACAUGUGUUCGUCCUACAACAGGCCCUGCUGACUUCCUCUAUGAUAUCCCAAAAUGUAGUGAGAAAGCACAACAAAGGAAAGACUCCAUCCCACCAGAGAAAGAAUGUAUCUAUGAUGUACCACCUAGCAUCAAGCAAAGAGAACCCAUUCUGGAUGGUCUAACACUCCCAAAUCAGAAAGUUAUAAACCCAGGUGAUUCUGAAAGUGUUUAUAAACCUCUGGAAUACAGGUGCAAACCUGGACCAAGGCUUGAUCAUCCUCUUGGACAUUCAUCAUGGGGCAGAAAGAUUAUGUUGUCCAGAGAACUACAGGAGAGGGAGGCAAUAACCGUUGAAAAAGAGGUAAAGAAUGGCAGAGAUGUGUCUGUUUCCGAAAACCAACGGAACUCUAUAGUGUCCACCUCCUCCACCUCCAGCUCCUGGAGCUCCUGUGACUCUCUUAUGUUUGGCUCCCCCUCACCAGAGCCACUGCGGGAGGUCACUCUGUCCCCGGAGGAAGCAGCCCAAAGGCUUUUGCAACUCCAGGAAACAGUUUGUCAGGCUGUGCCCAAACUCAUGGACUUCGUAAGCAGCCGCUGGAGAAGCCGCGAGCAUCUGGGCCAGCACCUCCAGGAGAUCCGUGCAGACUCAGAGGAUGUGGCCAACUCAGUCACCUCGUUUCUCAACUUUGCUCUGGAUAUCAGAGGUAAUGCGCAGCGGCUGACUGACUCUAACCUGCAGGCCAGGCUUCAGAAGCAGCUCUCUAUUGUGGAGGACUCGGGACUGAUUCUGCAGACAUCUGUGGAUGCUCUAGGUGGCUUGGGCUGGCCUCUGGAUGUCCUGGCUCAGGAUCUCAGGCAGCCGCAGACUCCAGACCAUCUGGAGCGCUUUGUCAUGGUGGCCCGGACUUUGCCCGAAGACAUAAAACGAUUGGUGUCCAUUAUCAAUGCCAACAGUAAGCUUCUGUUCAGAAACUCAUCAAAAGAGCCAGAAAUGCCAAAGAACCCCAGUCCGCUACAUGUGAGAAAAAGCCUUGGCAAGAAUGAACCACUGCAAGAUACAGAGGGGGAUGAUGAUUAUGUACAACUUCAGACCAAGACAGAAUUUGAAAAACAACAGCAAAGUGAAUCAAAAACCAACAUAAAAUCGGACACAAAUGGAGAAAACGAGAGAAAACAGGCUUCCAAACCAGAGCCUACAUCCCCUGACAGCAAAAGCCAACAUCCCUGCAGGCACGUUAUUUCCGACCACUGCCGUCUGUAUUUUGGGGCCAUCAGGAAGGCCAUUGCAGUAUUUGUUGCUAGCCUGGAGGAGCACCACCCCCCUGAGAAGUUCAUAUCCCACAGUAAGCUGGUGAUUAUGGUUGGCCAGAGGCUAAUAGACACCCUUUUUUGUGAAGCCCAGAGCAGGCAGGACAGUAAGGAACUCCUGUACAAAAGCAACCACUUGUGUGCCCUCCUCAAGCAACUGGCAGUGGCCACUAAAAAGGCAGCGCUGCACUUUCCUGACCAAGUGGCAAUCCAGGAAGCACAGGACUUUGCCAAAGAGCUGGCUCAGAGGGCACACCAUUUACGCAUGUCUAUGGACAUCUAAUGGGUCUGUGAAAGGACAGCAGUAUGGUGCAAAGUUUCAGUUAGACACAUACCUGCAUGUUUUGCAGUUAUGUAUUUUUCUCUUUUUUAGUGGUGUCUCUGUUAUUCUGUCAUUUCUUCUAUAAGCGUAUCAGAAAAAAAUGUGAGGCACCAAAAAGAAAAGCAUUUGGUGCAAUUGGUACAUUCAGCUAUGUCUAAUGCAUAUUUAUUAAAGGAACACUGGAAAACCAAUAAAAUACCAGAACAGGUGGAGAAAUUGUUAGACUAGCACUAGUCUAAAGUUAAGAUUAUAGCAUAAUUAUAUAUAUAUAUAUAUAUAUAUAUA